AUGCGCUUUCCUGGCUUCAGGAGGCGUCUUGGCGUUCUUGCUGGCUUCCGCCCCAGGUGAGCUUCCGGCGCGGAGGUCACGGACAAAAUGGUGCCCCCGGUUCAGGUCUCUCCGCUCAUCAAGUUCGGCCGGUACUCCGCUCUGAUCCUCGGCAUGGCAUACGGCGCCAAGCGCUACAGUUACUUAAAACCCCGGGCAGAGGAGGAGAGAAGAAUAGCAGCGGAGGAAAAAAAGAGACUAGAUGAGUUGAAACGGAUUGAGAGAGAACUGGCAGAAGGUAUGGUUUUUAGCCCCUCCCAACACCCACGAGGUUUCUGGAAGUAGCUGCUGUUUAGUGGACCAGGGGCUACCUCAUCCCGUGACGCUUUUGUCCAGUGCUGCCCUCCGUAGAGCCUGUGGAGCAGGGGAAGCACACUACCCUUCUCUUGGGUGGCAUCUGCAAAUUCCCUUUCCUUUCAAGAGGCUACUGCUGAGCAGGCUCUCUGACCCCUCUCUGUUGACUUCCUGUAGAUUCCAGUCAGAUGGAGAAGGCAGUUGGGGAUGCAAGGGAUGGUUUUAGUGAUGAAGUUAGAUUCCCUUGGAAUUAGAUUGUGAAUUGUUUAAGAACUGAAGUCCCCCAUAAGGUGGCCCGAGUCUGUAUGAUGUGUAACAUGGUCUCCUUUCACUUUUCAGCUGAAGAUGUCAGCAUUUUCAAGUGAGGCGGCAGUGAUCUUGCUUUUCUCUUGUCGUUGAGGAUGAAUAAAGCUUCAUUGUGUGA